CAGUUACACGGAGCACCCCCGGGGGAAACAUCUCGGGGAGCCUGGUUGGAAGCAGUGGGGCUUACAACCUGCCAGCUGCUGGUCUCUCGGCUGCCCUGUGGGGAGGGCCCCGCCUUGGCAUCCCUCGUGUUUGGAGCAGAGAAAUCCGCGUGGAGGAAGGGGUUACACCAUUCGGCCCGGCAGGAACUCCGCCGAGCACAACCAGCCGCCAGAAUGCUCCUCUUGUUGCUGGGCAUCAUCGUCCUCCACGUCGCAGUGCUCGUGCUGCUCUUCGUCUCCACGAUCGUCAGCCAAUGGAUCGUGGGCAAUGGACAUGCAACCGACCUCUGGCAGAAUUGUAGCACCUCUUCUUCUGGAAACGUCCACCACUGCUACUCAUCGUCAGCAAAUGAAUGGCUGCAGUCUGUCCAGGCCACCAUGAUCCUGUCGAUCAUCUUCAGCGUUCUGUCCCUGUUCCUUUUCUUCUGCCAGCUCUUCACUCUCACCAAAGGGGGCCGGUUUUACAUCACCGGAGUCUUCCAGAUCCUUGCCGGUCUGUGUGUGAUGAGUGCAGCGUCCAUCUACACGGUGAGGCACCCAGAGUGGCAUCUCAACUCUGACUACUCCUACGGCUUCGCCUACAUCCUGGCCUGGGUGGCCUUCCCUCUGGCCCUUCUCAGCGGCGUCAUCUACGUGAUCUUGCGGAAACGCGAAUGAGGUGCCCAGACGGUUUGGUCUGAGGCACUGAGCGUACAUCGGGGGAAGGGAGGAAGGAAACCAGAAAAAAAAAAAAAAAAAAAAAAGAAAGAAAGAAAAAAACCCAACCCAAAGCAACCAACCAAACAAAAGAGCUAGCCAAAAAAACCCAAACUCAAACCAAAUCAAACAGAAAGCAGUUGAGGGGGGGGGGUUCGUGUUGACUGAAGAUGUAUAUAAUAUCUAUGGUUUAUAAAACCUAUUUAUAACACUUUUUACAUAUAUGUACAUAGUAUCGUUCGCUUUUUAUGUUGACCAUCAGCCUUGUGUUGAAUCUUAAAGAAGUAGCUAAGGAACUUUUACCUCCUAACCGUAUAACCGAGCUCUGUUCUUUUGUUCUGUUUUGUUGUUCUUUUUGUUUGGCCCGGACGUAAAAUACUUCCCAUCUUGCCCCUUCCCUUUUAUCGGAAAGUAGAUACCUCCCUUCGCUCCACCUCAUUCAGAAAACCAAAGCGUGGGUGGGAGCCCCGACUGGCCAGAAGCCCUUUUACCCGGUGGGCGACCCGGUGCGUCGCACAGAGACAGGUCCCGCCCGCACCUCCAUGCGAAGCCAUGGACAGAACCCCCAAACUGGAGCCCUCGGCUUUGGAACACUUGCCCUUGGCCGUGAGUGUCUCAGCCGCACGUCUAGAUGAGAAAUCGGUGACAGCAAACCUAUGAAAUGGUGCUAUGGAUUUACCAUUCCUUAUUAUCACUAAUCGUCUAAACUACUCACUGGAAAUUCAAUUAACGGUUUUACGACAUAAAGUAGAAUGGACACCUGAGUAAUUCUGUGUCAUAUAAAUGGUUUAUAACUGCUUUUGUACCUAGCGAGGCUGCAGUUAUGACAAUAAUAAAUAAAUAAUAAACACAGCGUUUACUGCUCCCACAUUUUUCUUACGGUCGGAGCAUCGGGACCAGCCUCUAGACCCCUCGGGACCGUGCAUUCCCAGGACUCCUCUGGGUCUAGACUGUUCUCCGCCUCCAAGGACUGUCUGGCAAUGACUUGUGUUGGCCACCGACUGUACCUGUAUAUAAGGUGCCCUUCUGAUGCUAAGACUCCAGACCUGUUUUUUUUUUCUUUUUUUCUUUUCUUUUCCUUUUUUUUUUUUUUUUUUUUGGCUUUGCUUUUUCUGAUUUUAUACCAAGUGUGGACUAAGAUGCAUUCAAAUAAACAUCAGAGUAACUCAA